GUGCACGGAACAUGGCGGCCUAGUACCGAAGAAAAGUAUUGAAACCUGCUGCGAUUUUCAACAAUAAUUGGAAACGACAGAGUCCAAAUCUUCAAUUUGUCGAAAAACAUCUUCGCGAGGGAAAAGACGACACCAGGCAGCAAGAUCUUCAGGAAAAUCAGACUUUAUUAGCACACGUGCAUAAAGCCGGAUCAGCUCUCCAGAACUGAACCCCGACUGGCAUUUGUACACACAUUUUAUACACAGUUACUCCACCUACAACUCCUCCUCAAACCUCAUUCUGGCAAAUCACCCACACUUUUCUUAUCGUAACUCCUCCCAACGCUCCUCCCACAACGUUAUUGUGGCAAAUUGCCAACGGUCCUUAUGCUCUGCCAACUCUGUACAAAGUUCAGGGCAUUCUGCCAACUACGUGUCCUCACUUCACCCCGCACCUGCUCUUGGCAAACUACCAGACCUCAUAAAGUUCUGGAUGCCCUCCCUCUAACACGUCAUCCAUACACGUCACUCUGUAUCUUUCACUUUUAUAAGACGAACUAAGCAGCAGUAAUCAUUGAAAAUAUACAGACAAACUAAACAUUUCAUUAAUAUUCACUUCUAAUAUACUUUUCUAAUAUACAGACAUACUAAACAUUUGAUUAAUUAUUCUCUUCUAAGGGAAUAAAUGUACGUAGCAUUCUUUGCUCUCAUUUCAACAGUUUUCACUGUGGUUUCUUGCGUUUUCAUAAGCUCAGCUAUAAUUAAUGUUCUAGGUCAAAUAGAUACACUCCUGGCAUAAAACAUCGAGAGUCCCGGAGAAAUCAACUGUACAGUCAUAUCUUGCUCUGCCCGUGUCCUUGACAGUUUGGUCUACACUGUUCAAGACGGGCCCCCUAGCACUGUGUAAUCCUAGCAUAAUUUAGCAGUUAAUCAGUUUGAAACUAUACAGGGUACAUUUCAUACUUUAAUACAGAUAUAUUGAUAAACUUUUAGCACACAUCGUCGAGAGUUUUGGAGGAACCAGCCUGCUCACUAAGAGGUGCAAUUGGUCUGACUGCAAAUCGAGGCUUCUCCCUGCCCACGGGACCCCAGCGCGGGGUGACCGCCCUCCCACCUGUCACCCUAUCACCCGGCACAGGUGCCACCCCAGCCGGCGGCCAAGAUGGGCAGAACUGCGGUAAAAGAGCCAAAAGACAAUAAAAAAGAGAAGCCUGGCAGGACUACCUCAGCAACUGGUCCCCCUCAAAAUAAAGAGACAUUCACUUGGGAGGAGUAUCUGAAGGAGACCUCAUCCACACCUGCCCCUCCAAAUUGCUUCAGACAGUCCAGGGUGCCGCCAACCAACGAUUUCAAGAUGGGCAUGAAACUGGAGGCUCACGACCCGCGAAACUCCACCUCUGUCUGCAUCGCCACGGUGAUGGGCCUGAUGGGCACGAGGCUCCGCCUACGGCUGGACGGCAGCGACAACACCAACGACUUCUGGCGGCUGGUGGACUCGGCUGACAUCCAGCCAAUCGGCACCUGCGAGAAGAACGGGGACAUGCUGCAGCCGCCGCUAGGGUUCCGGAUGAAUGCAUCCUCGUGGCCCAUGUUUCUCUUAAGGACCCUCAGUGGAGCAGAGAUGGCUCCGGCCACAGCAUUUAAAAGGGAGCCUGCCAGACCUCCACAAAAUGGCUUCAAGCCAGGCAUGAAGCUGGAGGCAGUGGACAAGAAGAACCCCUACCUGAUCUGCCCUGCCACCAUCGGGGAGGUCCGGGGUGACGAGAUCUUCGUCAUGUUUGACGGCUGGAGAGGCGCCUUCGACUACUGGUGCAAAUAUGACUCUCGGGACAUCUUUCCAGUGGGCUGGUGCUCCAUCACCAAACACAGCCUACAGCCUCCCGGCAACAGCGUGACCCUUCCAAAGAGCCUCCAGUCUCCUCCUCCUCCGCCGCCGUCGUCUUCCUCUUCUCAGACGAAGCCCACCAGGCGCUCGAUGCAGUCGCCCUACAGGCUGAGCACCCCCCUGCCCCCACUGCCCGUCAGGAAGGGCGUGCGGGGGCGCCGGCCCAAGAGCGAGACCAUCGCCAUGCUGAAGGCGGCGGCUGAGGCCGCUGCAGCUGCCGCUGCCUCCGCCCAGAACGGCACGGCCCAGAGCGCCAUCGCCAAGGCCACCUCCGCCCCGCAGGCCGCUCCACGGCCCCACCGGAAGAGAGGGCCCAAACCAGGCAGCAAGAGGAAGCCUCGAGUGGUCCAGAGCUCAUCCUUGGUGGGUUCUCCGGCCGUUGCUCCGGAGUCCAGACUGCCCAGCGUUCAGGUACCAAAGGAUGGGCCCAGCCACCUUAACACCAGCCCUGCAGUCAUGUCCACAGUGUGCGUGUACGUGAACAAGCACGGGAACUGCGGCCCCCACCUGGACAGGAAGCAGAUGCAGCAGCUUCCCGACCACUUUGGACCGGGUCCGGUCAACCUGGUCCUGCAGCAGGCUGUUCAGGCCUGUGUGGACUGUGCCUAUCAGCCCAAGAUCCUAUUCAACUUCCUGCAGUCUGAAUCCGACGGAGGGGAGGUCAUUAAAGUACGGUCAGAAGGGGGCACCCACUUUGUGCAGCUGCCCUCGGCUAAGAGCGCCUCAUUCGUGCUGCGCUUCCUGGAGACUCUGUGCCACCACCUGCAGUGUGACAACCUCUUCAGCAGCCAGCCCUUCAGCCCCUACAUGGCGGCCGGACACACCGCCUACGACAGGAGCAAGUCAGUCAAAGAGGAGACAUCAGAAGCCUUGUCUAUAAACCGUGGGACCAAGCGCUUCCCGAGGGAGACUCCUCCUUACACAGCUCCCCUGUCCCCAAAACUCCUGCGUACAGAGGCACACCCCUCAGAAGCGGGGACUCUUCCUCACGAGGAGAACGGCGUGCUGAAGGAGCAGCGCUUCUCGGAGGAGUCCAUGGACUCUGCCUCCAACUCCAUGACGCCUCGUCCCCCGACGCUGCGAAGCUCGUCCGAGUACCGCGCCCAGGCCGGGACCCCCUACUACCCUAGCCACCCUCCGCCGCUGCACCGUCUGGCGUCCAACCCCCCCGAGCUGGCCGCCACCCGCCUGAACAGACGAGUGGAAGGUAUGCAGUCAGCCAGCUCCACUACGGGCCCUGACCUGCAGGCUGCAGACAGAGAGGCCCCCAGGGGCCCCAGUAAGAGCCCUUCCACCUGGUCCAUCGAGGAGGUGAUGCAGUUCGUCCGGGAGGCUGACCCCCUGGCUCUGGGACCCCACGCUGAACUUUUCCGAAAACACGAGAUUGACGGGAAGGCCCUGAUGCUGCUUCGCAGUGACAUGAUCAUGAAAUACAUGGGUCUGAAGCUGGGCCCCGCCCUCAAGCUCUGCUACCACAUCGAGAGGCUCAAACAGGGCAAACACUAGCAAACUGACCCCCCUGCCAACGCUGCCCUGCCCUGCCUACAGCACAUGCCCACCCCGGGCCACGAAACAGGGCGCGGAGACCAGGACUACGGCGACCUCCGGAGCCCCUCAGAGAAACCCCUCUCUGUCUUCAGAACUCCACACGGACGAGAGCUCACCGGGCGGUGGUGGGAUGGAAGGCGAAUGUGCUCUCCGCUCCCUUUGCAAAUAACGUUCACAGAGACUCUUAUUUAUAUAGUGCAGAGACCACAGUACCUCAUCUUUCAUCAGCGAGCAAAAGGAAGAGAAUCCAGAGUAACAUAGUCAACUCAGCUGAAUCCCAAAGGAGAAUCUGUCUACUGUUUACACUGCAUAUCCGUGCUGUGCGUGCACAUGGACAUCUGUGAUUUUUUUUUUCAUACAAAAAAAAUAAAAAUAAAACAAUGUUUGCUUCAUGUGCAGAUUGAAGCCCCAAAGAUGAAGAUUGUUUUGUCCUCUUAGAGUAUUAUUCCAGCAAACCCCAGGGGCUAAAUUUUAAUCAACAUUUCUGUUUUUAUUGUCCUUGUUUUUUCCUUUAUUUUUUAACAAUUGAAAUAAUGCUUAUUUACAGCAGAAUAAGAUUUUAAUAUAAAGGCUACAAACAAGAGAGUCCAUAGUUCAAUUUCAAUUGUUUUUUCCAGACUACUGGAUAGUCUUCAACUACAAAUCAGCGUGUGAGACCUUAUUUACACUGCAGGUUUAAACUCUGUGAACAGCGAAAGCUGUUGAACUUGGGAUGUUUGGUCAACCACACCACCACACAUUGGGAGAGAAUGAUUUUCCAACCCAUCUUACAGCCUCCUUGUUUUACGAAUGGGAUGCCUUACCCAGAGUAAUGAUUGUGGUACAUUUCUACAGUAAUGAACUUUUUAGGAUAACAGACUUUUUUUUGUUCUGUUUAAUGUGUUUUGGACUAUGACUGGAACAACCUGCUUUUGUCAAAAAAGUGACAGGUCACAUAUUGUAGAAUGAUACAUACUUUAUAGACAUGUACAAAAACAUAGAAAAUGUUUUUUUAACCAGAGUUUUGUAUGUAGCCUGUAAAAAUGGGAGAACAAUAACUUUUUGCAUUCACAUAUGGUCUGUGGUAAGCUAUUUGUGGUACAGGGCUUCAUGAUUAAAUUACAUAUUUGUCAGAAGUGUGUUUUCACCACAUUCUUUAUUAUUUAAAAAUAGGCCUACUGAUGGUCGAACCCCAAACGAUAGACCAUCAGAGCGUUGCCUCGUGAAACGCACCUCACCUCGAUACGUUUUCUAAAUGCCACCAAUACUUUUCAUUUGAAUGUUGGGAUUGUGGUUAGUCAACCCCUGACAGUUUUGAACGUUAUCUCCGUUUUUUUGGGUUUUUUUGUUAGCGUGUCUGUCAUUGGCGGUUUGUGGCCUUUAUGAAGCAGGACUGUGUGACGCGAGCGUGUCUUGGUCUUUUCUGAGACGACGAGAGAAGGAAUGCUUUAUUUCCAUUUGUCGUUUCUCUGUGUAGUCGCAUGGAAAUUCCGCAAAGGUCGUUCACUGAACGCAGUGAGACCUGUCCUUAUUUAUUACCAUUGUUUUAAAUUACAUGUGUUUUAGAAGAAAGCUCAGGUUGUUAAAUCUAAUUUCGCCGUUUGCAUGCAUUUAAGCUUUUUGUCAGUCAACCAUACCUUUCACAGUGUUUGUGGUUUAGUUCUAUAGUUUUACAUUUUUUGUAAGCUUUAAGACGGCCAAUGUCUGCUGCUUUUAAGCAGGUGGUGCCUCCCACCUAACCUGUAUAGAUAUGAUACAUUUACAUCGAUUUUGAGUUAACAGAUUUUUUCUGAAACUCGCUGCUGAUUAGAACCAUAGGGAGCACAAGUGUCACUACCCCUCAGGCUGCGCGCCAUCCUUUCGAUCAAGAGUUGGGGGGAAGCUCAUGCUACCCGUACACAUUGUGUCGGAAAUGUGUGGGGACCUGCGUGCCCCUACUGACUCAAGAUAACGUGCAGGCCUUGCCGACGAUGGUUUCCUGUACAAUUUAGAACUAUUUGGAGUAAUUCGAAAUAUAUAUAUAUUUUUUUUUCUGCUUUACAAUCAUCCUCCUUUUUUGGCAAACCGCAAAAAUUACAUUAAAAAAACAAGACAGAGAAAACGGAGGUAUGGGAAAUUCAAGGAAUUUUAAGGUUGACAUGUUGGAUUAAAAAAAGCUUGUAAAAUAGUUAUGUCAGUGUAUUGUGUCUGCUGAGGAAUGGAAGACCAGUUUUCCCCAGGAUAUAAUAUUAAAAGUAUUGAGCACAACUAUCACCCCUUUCCCUUUCGCACAUCUCUACAUGUUUGACCUGUUUGAUGUGAGGUUACCAUUUCUUAGCACAAUGGGGCCAGAUAUUACCCCAUACCUCCAGAUCCUGUCAUGGUAUAGUGUCCAUUAUUAUACUAAUUGUUUUAUUAUUAUUAUUAUUAUUAUUAUUAUUAUGUUUUCUGAUUGUUGUGAUUUGGUAUUUUAUUUUAAUCAUACAUAUCAGGGACAGGGGUGUACAUCUUUGUUGGAAAAUGUGUAAAACCAAUCAUAUAUGAAAAAAAUAGAUAAUUGGGUAAUUUCAUGUGGGGGGUUGGGGGUUUGGGGCUGUAAAUUGUUUUUCUUACUGGCUUUUGAUAUUUCAGUGCUUUUAGUUUGAAACAAAAUAUUCCUCAAAAGUACUUGAUGGAAAUUGCUAUGCGUUAACUGAUAUUCCUCAGGUUUACCUAGACUUUGUUUUUGUUUUGUAGGACAGACGUUUUUGUAAAGUAGCAUUUUUUGUUUAAUGUGAUGACACCUAAGUUUGACUGUACUCUAUUGUGAGGAUGUUACCUUUUAUUUUCACUCUCUCUAUCUCUCUCUCUCUCUCUCUCUCUCUCUCUCUCUCUCUCUCUCUCUCUCUCUCUCUCGUGCCAUACGUUAGACAAACACAAUGUAUACACAGUGCUUUUAAACGAUUUCUCGAUUAUCUCCCAAGAACUUGAAGAAACACUUGUAUAAUAGGUAUAUGCAUACAUACACCUCUGAAAUGUUUGUCAAAGCAAUGGAACUAUUUUACCUCCAUUUACAUCCUGUAUUUCUAUAAAAACAAAGCAAAAAUAGA